AUGAUCCCAGUGACCGGCAUGUCACUGGCUCUAGGCCUGGCGACCCUACUGCAGCAGUGCCAAGAUGCUGGCGCAUGGGGCGAAGCGGGCCACGAACGGCUCAAUGAGGUCGCGCAGCGAUUGCUUCACGGCAAACACCGCGAUCAAAUCCGGACGAUGAUGCACUCCGACGUCGCUGCCGCGGCUUCUUGGGAGAAGGUGAUGACCUCGAAGUACCCCGAGACGGAGAAGCUCCACUGGCAUCAUCAGAAGUCCGAGUGGACUUGUGGGCAGCGUGAUGCACAGAAGACAGAGCACAUCCGCUGCAACGGCAAGGGUGCAGAGGAUGGGUCGAUGUUCUGUGCCCUGGCGUUUUUCUUUUCGCAUUUUGCAGACGAGAUGCUGCUGAAGGAGUAUCCGGAGCCAAAGGUGCCAAUCGACACUCCCAAGAAGAUCCCUGCAUUUGAUAAGGUGAACGUUGACGAUCUCGCCGACGGACAGCCAAGAAAGAACGCGAGGGCAGCUUUCUAUUUGCGGUGGCUGACCACGCUUGUCGGCGACUUGCAUCAGCCUCUUCACUGGCUUGCUGAGAACAGCUUCGGCGCCGAUGUGAAGAUUGUCUACCAGGGCGAGGAGCACUCUCUGCUGUCAUUCUGGGAGGAGCACUUGCCGAAGAAGCUGCCGGAGAUCCCCUCGAUGACGAUGCUGGACUUGGAAUACAAAGCUCAGUAUCACCAGUGGGGCCACCGGCUUCCGCCUGAGCUCUUUAGGCAGUGGGCCGGUGAGAUGGCCGACAAGGUGUGCAACGAGAUCUACGGUCCCAUGUACGUAAAUCAUGCGGAUGGGAGCCGAAAGAUCGAAUCUCCGUUUCAGCUCUCGGAGGAGCUUUUUUCCAACUGGGUGAAGCUGGCCGACCAGAUGAUACAGGAGGGAGGCGAGCGACUAGCGCUGGUCUUCCUGGAUAUUAUCGAGCACCGCCGCCACAAGGCAGCGCAAAAAGAAGGGCGUGGUCUACCGCCACCUUUGCUGGCAGCCUCUGUUCCCGCGGCGAGCGUGGCAGAAGGCGGCAAGUCUGCGAACAGCAUCCCGGCACCAGUGAAGGGCAGCAAGGGCAGCGCGUCAGGGCAGGCCAAGCUGCUCUACGGCCUUCACAGGGCGAGAAGACAGAGGGCGUGGCGAAACUUGACCAUCAACCUCAUCAUAGCGGCCGUCGUGGUGCCAGCUCUUCUGUUCGGCCUCCACUUGCACAGCAGGUCCCCGGGAAACCUGGCCAGGAUGUUUGCCCUCGGCAAGCACGAGCACAUGUGA